UACAUGUCGAAUAGACCAAAGUUCGAAUUAAGAGGGCUGCUUGCUAUUUGGAGUGGAUCUCUCGCAAUAGUGUCUAUUAUUUUAUUUGUUAGAACGCUACCGGAAGUUUAUAACAUAUUAAGCAAUCAUGGAUUCUACCACAGUAUUUGUACAGCUAGAUGGAAGGGUUUCAGAGAUAUCAAUAUGACUUUUUAAAAUAAAGACACAUAUUUUUUAAUAUUUUGCCACGCACGCAGAAGCUUUUGUCUUAGAAAUGCUAUGCAUGCCGAUAAUCACUUCUUAAUCUUAAGAAUAAGAAUACAAUAACCGAAUAACGUUACAGUUUUUGUAGAGAUAGAUACGUAUA